CAGUACCAAGUCUUACACAUUUUAUUACUUUUAAAUACACAAAAUUGAAACCCUUUUUAAUUUAUUUUUAACAGUGCAGUCCCAGACAAUGAACAUUCUUAAAGAUGGCAUGAAGAAGAAGAUGGAAAAAGGAGAAUUACUGCGAAUGGGCAUCUCUACAGUCAGUGACAACCUCAAAAAUAUCAGAAAAGACGACACAGGCAUCUCCAUAGAGUCUGCAAAAAACGCUGCAUCUGCCUCUAACUCCACAGUCAGUAAAAUAACACAGAGACUCAGGCACAUCAGCCAGGAAGUGCAGAAACUAACUUUGACCGAUGUCAGUGUGAAUAUUGACGAUAUUUUGGUUGAUUCAGACCAGACAUGACAAAAUCACAGAUGUUGAGGCUCUCAGCAGGAAGAGGCUUCCUGGUGCCAACAUGACAGAAAGCAUCAGGAGAAUCAAGGAUGUUAUAAAGGAGACAAGACACUUUCUUCACAGGGCUCCUGCAGGCAGCCAGUGUAAAUAUCGGCAAGCACAACAUGCAGAGUAUCAUCUCUAUGAGAAGCACAGCUGGCUCAGUUACACCCUGCCACAACAGGACCUCAAUCACAGGCCUCAUUUCUCUCUUGACGUAAAGACGAAGCUGUCCAAAGGGCUGAUUCUCCAUGUAGCAGGGAGAGGAGUCAUCCCCCUGCUGGCUCUUUACAUGGCCAAUGGCAAGAUCAAGAUGUCCCUCGGGCAAAACAGACUCAUCCAGCACAAGCAGAAGAGCAGCGACGGGGACUGGCACAGAGUGGAGUUCAGUGUGGAGAAGAGCUCUUUUCAUCUGCUUGUCGAUGGGAUCCGUGUGACUGAUGGACACCUGCCAAAUAAUGAAGGAUCGUCUUUAGACUUUCACAACCCUGUGUAUCUGGGAGGGGAUAUCAAGGGAUAUACAAAGGGACACAACAUUACCAUAAACAGUGUUAUCGGUUGUAUACGGGAUUUCAAAAUGAAUGACGUAGCUAUCGGUGAGCCUAAAGGAAGCUACAAAACUCUACCCUGCUUGGAUGGGCUCACAGAGAUGGGGACAUACUUUGGUGGUGGUCAUAUCGCCUUAGAGAAUUACUUCAACGCUGGCUCUCAGUUUGUGUUGGCUUUUGAGCUACGGCCUCAAUAUCUGACAGGUCUCCUCUUCCACGUUCAAAGUCACAAGACCAGCCUAAAUGUGUUCUUAAAGGAAAACAAGGUGGGUGUAAAGUUAAAUGAUGCUAACAGUGCUGUCAGUGUCUCAGUGACUCCUCCACAAAGCCUCUGUGAUGGAAAGUUUCACGUGAUAACAGUGUCCAGGAAACGUGACAUUAUCAAACUGCAGAUGGACUCCAUGUCUGAGCGGAAAAAUGUCCUCUUCACAUCCGGCUACACAGGACUGGAUACACUUUACAUCGGAGGGACCACAAAGCAGAAGGGAGUCCCCGUACACUCACCGUUUGUGGGCUGCUUACGAAAUGUGAAGCUGAAUAGAAGACCUGUGGCAUUUGAGAAGGGAUCCAGGGUGGUUGACCCUGUCAGCAUUAAUAGAUGUCCUAAAGAAUAAGGACUUGUAAUUAAUGGGUGACAUGCCGACUUAUCUAACACCACAGCCGUUUUUCAUCAUCAGAAAUUCAUAUUGUCAGGUUCUGUUAAACCGGCAGAACUUCAUUUAAAAUCCUCUUUGAUGAGACAAGCCCCCCAUUGCUACUGUUGCUGCACCUGUUGAACAAUGAUUUGGUUUAAAACGAUCUCUUGGCUUUUACAUAUUAUAAAAUGAGUAUUUGUUAGGCAGUUGUAUAGUAUUAUGUUUGCAUUUUAACAUGAACAUAAAACAUAGCAAUGAUUGGAUGGUAUAUGAAUAUGAUAGAUUUGGGGAAAAUGUUUGGAAAGAUGCUCUGAAUCUACUUGAAGGGUAGAAACAGUUACUGCAAUUUACGAAGAAUUUAGCUAUAAAACUGUCCUUAGAACGAAUUCAUUUAAGAACCACAAUAAAAACACUAAAUUAGUCUUUUAACUAACCCUUUGUGUUAUCAAUAUUAGCCAGAUUUUUCUAUUUGGCAAUUAUCUGAUACAAUUUGAUGUGCACAACCAAACCAUGCAAGCUGUAUGAAAGGAAGUAGUGCAUGAUGGUUAUUUCAUUAUAUUUUUAUAUCAACCUCUUUCCGUACCAAAUAACAAUACAUGUACAGGGACAUGAGAGCCUGCAUGAGGUUCUUUACCACACCACAUAGCGACACAAAGCCAAGUUAUACUA